AUGGUCCAGCCCUGCAAGGGCGGCUUCCUGGCACCCUGGAUCCCAGGGCACGCGGAGCAGCCCACGCACUUGAAACGUCCUCAUGUUGGGGACGAGGUUUUCCUGCUGCCGGCGUCGAGGCGGCCCGUGCGAAGCCUGUGCCGCGUUGCCAGGCACGGCUCAGGUGGGCAGAUGUUCCCUUUCCGCCUGCCUGCUCUGCGCACGGGGAGCAGCGACCCGUACUGCAUUGUGAAGGUCGACGAUGAGGCCAUCAUCAGGACUGCCACAGUGUGGAAGACGCUGUCCCCGUUCUGGGGGGAGGAAUACCAGGUGCUCCUCCAGCCCACCUUUCACAGCAUCUCCAUCUACGUCAUGGAUGAGGACGCGCUCAGCCGCGAUGACAUUAUCGGGAAGGUGUGCAUCACCCGGGACAUGCUGGUGGAGCACCCCAAGGGCUACAGCGGCUGGGUGAGCCUCAGCGAGGUGGACCCCGACGAGGAGGUGCAGGGGGAGAUCCACCUGCGCGUGGAGGUCCUGGGGAGCCAGGGCAGCCGGCGGCUGCUGUGCUGCACCGUGCUGGAGGCCAGGGAUUUGGCCAGGAAGGACCGGAACGGCGCCUCCGACCCUUUUGUCCGCGUGCGCUACAACGGGAAGGCGCAAGAGAGCACCGGAAGCCGUUGCCUGAAAUCCUGCUCCCCCCGUUGGAACGAGACCUUCGAGUUCGAGCUGGCCGAGCCCGCCGGGGAGAAGCUGUGCGUGGAGGUGUGGGACUGGGACCUCGUUGGCAGGAAUGACUUCCUGGGCAAGGUGGUGUUCGGUGUCCAGGGGCUGGAGGCGGCUGGGCAGGAGGAGGGCUGGUUCAGGCUGCGGCCGGACAAGUCCAAGCCAAGGGAGGACGAGCACCGGGGCAGCCUGGGCUCGCUGCAGCUGCAGGUCAGGCUGCGGGACGAGACGGUGCUGCCCCCUCACUGCUACCAGCCCCUGGUCCAGCUCCUGUGCCAGGAGGUGAAGUCGGGGCAUCAGGACGGCCAAGUGCACCUGGUCACCCUCCUGGAUGAAACCACCACGGCCGAGUGCCGGCAAGAGGUCGCCAUCAACUUGGUCAAACUCUUCCUGGGCCAAGGGCUGGUCAAGGAGUUCCUGGACCUGCUCUUUGAGCUGGAGCUGGCCAAGCCCUGCGAGCCCAACACUUUGUUCCGGAGCAACUCCCUGGCCUCAAAGUCGAUGGAGUCCUUCCUCAAGGUGACGGGGAUGCCGUACCUGCACGCUGUCCUGGGACCCACCAUCACCCGUGUGUUCGAGGAGAAGAAGUACGUGGAGCUGGACCCCGGCAAGGUGGAGAUCAAAGACGUCGGGUGCUCAGGGCUGCACCGGGUGCAGACGGAGGGCGAG